UAUUACUUACUGACAUGUUGAAAGUACUCUCAGAAAUUUAUUUAUUCAUUAAAACAGAGUUAUUUCUCUGAUGAGUGUUUGGUUUGGUCUGGUCUUCAUUUAUAAUUUUUUACCUUAAAAACAUCACCAUCUUAUUGUAUGAAAGAAAAAAAAAAAAAAAUCAAAAAGAGUAAAAAAGUUGUAACAAAAAGCUACAAGUGAAAUAAUCACACUUAGAAGAUCCAAAGCAUCAAAAGUUGCAUUUGCUAAAAACACUUUUCAUUUUCAAAAUUAAUGUAAUUCUCUCACCUAAACACACACAAAUACAUUAUAGUUUGUACUAUAAAUACUUUCACUUUUGUUCAAGUCUCAUUCUCUCUAAGUUCUAAGCUAAACUCUUAUUAUGUUCUCUGUCUUUUCCUUAGUUGAAACUACUCAUUCUACAUAGCCAUAUAUUAUAUGGACAAUCAACUUCAACCAAUAAUGGAAGGACCACCACCCGAAAUGGUUGACUCGAAUCGCUAUGCUCAUCGGUCCAUAGAGACAUUGGUGGUGGUUUUAGCUGUGAUAACCAUUUUGGGUGUUGUGGCUGGAAUCAUAGCGCGAUUAUGCGGUGGAAGACACUUUGGUGGCAAUGGGGAGCAUGACAUAGAAGGAUGGGUUGAGAGGAAGUGCAAGAGUUGCAUUGAUGGCGGGAUUCCACCACCGCCACCACCUCCACCACCACCGCCGCCACCUCCUGCUGCUGAAGAAUCGAAACCGGUAGCUGAAGAGCAAAAGAAGUGAGGUAAAAAAAAAAUGGACAAUAUACUUAAUUGGUGUAAAAAAAAAGAGUAUUGAAUGAAAAGCAAAAGUAGUAGUAGUGUUGAAUAUGGUUUAUUUUUUUAGUUAGUACUUUUAUUAGAUAUAGAAUAUGGUCAAUAUUGAAGUGAGAAAUCCCAUUUGAUGAUAUUGUUUCCAUGUACCUUAUUGUAAUGUAGUAUUAAUUAAAGUAUAAAACUGAUUUAUGUGUC